AUGAACCUUGGUUCGGUCUUUUUCGUCAGCCCGCUUGGCCAAUGCCCUCACACUAUCUUCGCCCCUCACCCCGCGUUUUUGUUGCCUCUGGCCCCUUUGUCCCGCGGCAGCGCUAAUUCAUACCCAUCACAUCUAAUUGUUCUUCGUCCCGUUGAUCGGCGCAGGGGGGUGUUGGUUGGGGAGAAGACAAGAUGUGAGCCAUGCUCACAGCCCACCAUCUUUCUCUCUUUCCCCGGCCGGUAG